CAGGCCAAGAGGAAAGCGUACGGAGAUGCGAGCAGCUUCAGGUAACUUCGGACUACGGGUAAAGAAGCACAAGAGGUGGGAGCUGUUCCAUGCGACGGUCUGUCGUGCAGUGCUCGAUGCGGUCUAGCGGCUGGGCGGCGAGCAGCCCUGGAGCUGGAGCUGCCCAGGUGGAGACUCGAUGGAAAUGCGCGACGCGGUAUUGGCGCUUGUAUCAUUCGCCCCGAGAGGCAAUUCCAUACAGCUUCGGCGAGACAUUCCUGUGUCAAAGCCAGGGUAGGCGGGGCCUUUCAGGUUUUCAGGGCGUGCAUGUCUGCACGCAAAACGCCAGGGCCUAGCUUUUGCAUCACUGCGGGUCCCCAGCUAUCCAUACUUAAACGCCUCGAUCUGCCUCCGUC